CCGGCAUCCAAUCAUUUGUGCCGGCGAGUUAUGCGGGCAACCACCACGGAGAGGAUCACAUCAACUUGAAGCACCGAUCUCAGGUCGUGCCAGCCAGCUUCCACAGCUCGGGUGUUCCUCCGGUGUCUCUUGCCUCAUUCUAGGUUCCGGCAGAUCGGUUGACUGAGCAGAACCCGUCGUUACACCUGCCACCUCCGCCCGUCUCACCAACUAUGCUGGCCAUAACGUGACAGCAGCCAACCGCAAACAGGCACACCACCGUCUCCCCACGGCCUCUCGCCUUCCGCUGUCUGACCUGCAGACGGUGUUCACCAUGUCCAAGUUCGACGCGAAAUUAGACCCACCAUGGCAGGACCUUGACUGGGCCAUUGGCCAGAUGUUGAUUAUGGGGUGGGAUGGAACGGAAGUUACUCCCCAGAUACGCAAUCUCAUUGAGGAGCACCAUCUCGGUUCCAUCCUCUUGACUGCUAAGAAUCUCAAGUCGGCUCAGCAGACGGCUAGGCUGGUUCAGGAACUUCAAACCAUUGCCCGCCAGGCCGGCCACCCUCACCCCUUGCUGAUCGCUCUCGACCAGGAGAAUGGCGGGGUCAACAGUCUUUUUGACGAGGACUACAUCUGCCAGUUCCCUAGUUCCAUGGGCCAGGCUGCCGCCGGCAACCCGGAUCUUGCAUACAACAUCGCCAAGGCAACCGCAACCGAAGUCUCGGCCUGCGGCGUCAAUCUGAUCCUCGGCCCCGUUCUAGACGUCCUUACCAAUGCCCGCUAUCAGCCACUCGGUGUCCGGGCCACCGGUGACGACCCCCAGGAGGUCUCCCAGUACGGCAUCGCCGCCAUGAACGGCUACAAGGAUGGCGGCGUUGCUACUUGUGGGAAGCACUUUCCGUCUUACGGCAAUCUUGACUUCUUGGGCUCUAGCCUUGAUAUCCCCAUCAUUACUCAAACGCUAGAGGAGCUGUCACUCAGUGCUCUAGUCCCGUUUCGGAAUGCCAUCGCGACCGGCAAGCUUGACGCCAUGUUUGUCGGGGGUUGCGGCAUCGCCAAUCCCAGUAUGAAUGUGAACCAUGCCUGCCUCUCUGACCAGGUCGUCGAUGACUUGCUCAGGAACGAACUGGGGUUCCAGGGCGUCGCUAUCUCGGAAUGCCUCGAGAUGGAGGCACUGAGGACUGAGAUCGGCGUGAAAGCUGGCACGGUCAUGGCGGUCGUGGCUGGCUGCGAUCUAGUUCUUCUUUGCCGUGCGCAUGAUGUGCAGCUCGAGGCCAUAUCCGGUCUGAAGCUGGGCAUAGAGAAUGAGCUGGUCACGAAGGAGCGAAUAUAUACAUCGCUGAAACGCAUACUGCGGAUGAAGAGCACCUGCACUUCGUGGCAAAAGGCGCUAAACCCCGCAGGCGUCUCUCUGCUGUCCAAGAUUCAUCCGGGACACCUGGCCCUCUCGCGGAAAGCGUACGAUGGCUCCAUCACCAUUAUAAGAGAUAACGAGAAGCUUCUACCGCUUGGGGCAUCUAUGCGUCAGGAUGAAGAACUGCUGCUUCUCACUCCUCUUGUCAAGCCGCUCCCCGCCUCCUCAGCAACCAAGAGCAUCAUGGAUUCCAAGAAUUCACGGGAUGCCAGCGGGAGCAUGCACGACGUGUGGGCGCACCGUGGGGACAGGGGUGCCAUAAUGAGUGGCGAAGGGGUCUUCAGAGAGCUGGGGAAAUCCCUCGCGCGUGCCAGGCAUGCGAAGCUGCUGCAUACCUCGUACACCGCGCAUGGUGUCCGACCAGUUCACGAGAAUCUAAUCCAUCGUGCAUCAUGCAUCAUCAUCGUGACAGCGGAUGCAAACAGAAACCUAUACCAGGCGGGCUUUACCAAGCACGUGGCUACCAUGUGCUCAAUGCUACGUUCCAGCGGACAGAAGAAGUCGCUGGUGGUUGUGGCCGUCAGCUCUCCGUACGACUUCGCUAUGGACAAGUCUGUCGGGACGUACAUUUGCACCUUUGAUUUCACCGAGGCAGCCAUGUCGGCACUCGUACGGGCGCUAUUUGGAGAGUUCCAGCCGCAUGGCACGUUGCCGGGGACGCUCAGGAAGAGUAGGAAGGUGGUCAAACCAAGACAGCACUGGCUAGUCGAGAAUUAUAACCGUGAUCGAGACGGGCCCGGACUUGACAAUCUCUUGCAGGCUCUGGCCAGAGCUAGUACCCCCAACCACCAAUACUUACAGACAACCACGGCUUCUGCGUUCCAACUCUUCAACUCAAGCAUAGAGGAAGCGCACUUCGUGGUUCGGAAUAGCAGUACCCAGGCUGUCUACGGAUUUUGCGCCACGUAUUUCACCAAGGGGACUGGAAUUCUCGGCGCCAUCUUCGUGGAUCCGACAAAGCGCAAUGUCUCCAUCGGCCGGUCCCUUCAUCGGCGGGCCCUGCGCAACCUGACCCAGCGACAGGGAGUCAAGAAAAUCCAGCUUGGGAUGAGCUUCCCCGGCGUCUUCCUGGGAAUCCCCGUGGACGACAGCUCGAACCUAAAGGCCUGGUUCGCUAAGAGCGGGUGGGACACGCAGUUCCCAAAGAGGCUCACUAACAUGGUCAUCAAGGAGCUGAACAGCUGGUUCGUGCCAGAAGGCAUACUGCAAAACAUACAGAGAGCCAGCAUCAGCUUCGAUCUUAUUCGCGGCCUGGACAACGCAGAGAGCGUCUUGAACCACGUCGCCACUCACUCCACCCCCGAGGUGUUUGAGCUCUACCGGUUUGCGCUGCAGGAGACCAAGACGUGCGGCGUUGUCCGGGCGAAAGGCCUGGUCGACACCCUCCUCGGCACCGUCAUCGUGUGUAGCCCCGGCAGCCACGUGUGCAGCCAUCUGUCGGGCUACAUCCCAGCCCUGCAGCCGGUGGGAGAUGAGGUGAUAGGCGGCAUUCUCGCCCCAGUUGUCCCGUCGACGGCGCAGACGAACGUGGUCUUGGAGGGGCUCGCGCUUAUGGGGGUGAGGCAGAACAAGGCGCACAAGUCGGGCAAGAGCGUCCUCAGUUGGGUCCCCGACGACUUAUACGAAACCUUCCUCGCCAUGGGAUUCGAGGUCCUGCAGGCUUUUGAGCAGCUCACGAGCGUGCCCGAUAACUUUGGCGAUCUGGCUUGACAUUUUUUGGGGGCGGUUUGUGUGGCGUCUGAUGGGUGUACCGCGUGGGUCUUUGGGUCGUAGCUGUUAUGAAUGGAGGCUGGGUAUGAUUUAAGAAAAUCACGAUGCAAUGAUUUUGGGUCUAUCAGGGUUCUUAGCAUAUCAUAGGUAUCUUAUCAAAAGAGUAGCUACUACUGUACCUCUUCAAUUGACCUAGCUGUUUCUGAA